AUGCCAUUGUAUGAAGUCGAGCACUGUAUUGCCUUGAGUCAAGCCCAGCGCACCGAGCUUGCUCAAGCCAUCACCCAUAUUCACACACGCAAGUUCACCACCCCCAGCCUUUUCGUUAAUGUCCGUUUCCUCGACGCAAGUAAUUCCUGCAGCUAUGUAGGAGGAAAGGAGCGUGCGAUCAAUCGCAUCAUUGCCUAUGUUCGACCUGGCGGCAACCGAACCACGGCCGAUUUCGAGGAACUCGCCCAGCGUGUCACUGAUGCUUGGAAUCAGAUCGUUGUGCAGGGAGCCGAGUCUGGGGCCAAAGAAGCCGAGUUGAAUAGAGUCUUCAUUAUGGGCACUAUUACGGCGGGGAUGGAAAAUGGGUUUCUUUUACCACGGGUAAGCGCCGUAAACGGUUCCCCCAGGGAAGAUGACUUUGUGAUCAACGGUCUUCGCUUACUUUGGCUACAGGCUGGAGAAGACGCCAUUUGGUUGAGAGAUAAUGCACCGAAGUUUGCGGAGCUGGCGAAACAGGGGGAGAGUGACUUCGUUGAGCUGGUAGCGGAGAUGGAGAGCAGAGACGAUUUAUCCACGAAGGCGAAGCUACGCAUG